AUGGCACAGGAACUGAGACAUGGGUUUUUAAAUGACCCAUUGUACUUGGAUGAUCUUCAAUCGCACUAUUUCUCCCAUUAUGACCUGAAAAGAAAUUCAACAUCGGGGAAUCCAUCUCCCGAGGAUGACGAAUACAAAAUCACUGACUGGAAAUCAGCAACGAAUAAAAAGAAAACUUCCAUGGCAGCCCUGAUUAUGUGUUUAAACAUUGGUAUUCCGCCACCUGAUGUCGAGCGACCUCAAGAAUAUCCUGUUUUGGAAGCCUUUGUUGACCCAUCCUCCUACCCAGACCCAAAACUAGCUUUACAAGCAAUCGGGAAAUCCUUGCAAACCAACUAUGAAUCUAUAUCAUCACGGACUAAGUACAAACAGUCAUUAGACCCUUCUGUGGAGGAUCUUAAAAGAUUGUGCUCAACUUUAAGGAGAAAUGCCAAGGAUGAACGUAUACUGUUUCAUUACAAUGGACAUGGUGUUCCUCAACCCACUCAUUCAGGCGAGAUAUGGGUUUUCAACAGAGGUUACACGCAGUACAUCCCUGUAAGUCUAUACGAUUUGCAAAACUGGCUAGGUGCUCCUUAUAUCAUGGUUAUAGAUACCAAUGCUGCUGGCCAUGUUAUUGAAAAUAAUAAAAAGUUCAUACAAAAGAGAAUUGAUGACGAAGCAAAUAACCACACUGAUAUUGCUUCAGUAUCUCCUGUCAGUGCUUAUAUUGAAAGCAUGCAAUUGGGAGCGUGCCAAAGUGAUGAGAUGUUACCAAUGAACCCGGAUCUACCUGCUGACCUCUUUACCUGUUGUCUAACACGCCCUAUUGAAAUGAGUAUCAAAUGGUUUGUUUUGUUUUCCCCCUUGAGAGAAAAGCAUUACUAUGAUAGCUUGAAAAACAAAAAUGGCGUAAUUGAGAUUCCCGGUAAACUGACAGAUAGGCGUACUCCAUUAGGUGAGUUGAAUUGGAUCUUUAUAGCUGUGACAGACACAAUUGCAUGGACGACACUAUCUAGACCUUUGUUCAAAAAGUUAUUUAGACAAGAUCUGGUGAUCGCAGCACUAUUCAGAAACUUUUUAUUGGCAAAGAAGCUGAUGCCAGAAGUUGGAUGCCAUCCUAUAUCGGAUCCACCGCUGCCGGACAUCAGCAACCAUCCGAUGUGGGAAUCGUGGGAGUUUGCAAUAGAUCAGAUAUUAGCCCAAAUGUUGAAGAAAAAGGAAUCUGAAGCAGAAGAAGUUGAUAUGUCUGACAUUCCACAACUACAAACUACGGAUAAUGAUACCAACGGAAAAAAUGAUAGUGUGCAAAUUGCAAAUAAACCUGUACCACUGUCCAAUGGUUGGAACUAUCAGCAUUGUUCCUUCUUUCAACAGCAUUUAACGGCAUUCGAAGUUUGGCUACAGUACGGUUCUGCUAUAAAGGAACCACCACAGCAGUUACCUAUAGUUUUGCAGGUCCUAUUAUCUCAAGCUCAUAGAUUACGUGCCUUACAUUUAUUGUCAAAUUUCUUAGAUCUUGGCACUUGGGCAGUCUAUUUAGCAUUAAGUGUUGGUAUGUUCCCAUAUAUCCAGAAAUUAUUGCAAAGUCCUUCUCCUGACUUGAAACCAAUUCUUGUAUUUAUCUGGACCCGUAUUAUGUCUGCAGAUCAUGAAAAUGCAAAGCAAGAGCUACUUAAGGAUAGGGGAUAUAAUUAUUUUACACAAAUGCUUACGCUACAACCACGCCCCUCUCAGCCGCUAAUCGGUGAUGCACCGUUGGUUAUUGAAAGUCCAGCUGUUAAUAAUAAUGUUACAUUUGCUGAUCAAAAGGCUAUGAGUGCCUUUGUUUUAACGAUGUUUGUAAAAGAUCACAAACAAGGUCAGAAGGCCGCAUUUUCUAUUGAGGUUGUAAGAAUCUGCAUUGGCUAUAUUGAAACAUCUGAAAGCCCAUUGUUAAGGCAAUGGAGCGCCUUGUUGAUAAGUGGGAUGGUCAAAGAUUAUCUGGAAGCCAUUGUUUUAAUCAUGAGAUCUGGAGCUACCGGAAAAUUAUUGCAGUUAAUUGGGGAUCCUAUUCCAGAAAUCAGAGCAUCUCUGGUUAAUGCAUUUACAAACUUUGUUUUGAUGCCCAAAGAGUACGAAGAUUUGGAAGAUUCGUAUGGACUGAAAGAAGAAUUGAACCAACAGGAUUUGAGUAUUGCUACAGAGAUUAUAAACUUGUCAUUUGACGGAUCUCCUUUGAUUAGAAGAGAGGUGGUAUGCUUCUUCAGUCGCUUUGUAGUCAAGUACCUCCAGUUUUUCCUUGUUUGUGCUUUUAGUCAAUUAGAAGAAGAAGUAACCUUAAUUGAUAAUCCAUCAAUGAUCGAUGAGAUUAGAAGAAAAUCGCCUGCUUAUGGUUCCAUCUUUUUCACUAUUUGGAAAUCUUUGCUGAUUUCUAGUGAAGAUCCUCACGAUGAAGUUAAAAAUCAUGCUCAGGAGGUUAUUGACUAUGUUAUGAUAAAAUUGAACGAAUCGAAACUGGGAGAUGUUGCCUCGGAGAUGGAGGAUUAUCUACUAGAAAAACGUGGCGUAGGUGAGGAUAGAAGCAAUUCUAUUGAUAGUAAGCUAUUUGCCAAGAUAACUGAGAAUCAGAAAUAUAACAGCAUGAAAAGCUCUUCUAGAAAUAAUACAGUGGGUAAGAAGAGCCUCGAGAAGGUUACUAAAAGAGUUCAAUCUCUAAAUCUUGACUCGAGACUCAAAACAGAAAUGGAGAACAAAAACAACGAUUCUAAAUCUUCCGCAUCCUCAACUUAUGCUUUUUCGAUUGCAGAAAAGGUAUCCAAACUCAAAUCAUGGCUGAAUGCGUUAAGUGGCACUGAUGGAGAACAAAGCACUAACUCGCAUAUUUUGGCAAAUUAUCUAUCACACCAACCGACUACGUUUCCAUAUGGAAGUAACCCGAAACCCAAAACGCCUAGAUUUGUACCCAGAGUUAGAAAAGAUGGUUAUCCAAUAUUACCUUUCACAAGUAAGUUUUUGGAAUAUAGCAGUGAAUAUUUCCAAGAGUCUCAACUUGGGCCAAAAGAAGAGGACGAGCCAGGUAGUGAAGAAUAUAUGAGAAGAAUAUGGAGAAGAAAUAGAAAUGAGGCCAUCAUUGCUGCUACUCAACCCCAAAAAAGUUUAGCAUUGGAGGGAGAUUGGAAGAAUAUUGUUGUUAGAUUAAACAACGUCACCCAACCAAAAUUACUCAAAUUCACGCAGUUUGAGAAAUGGAUUUCGGUGGUCGAUGAGAGAGAUAAUGUCACAACUUUUGACUGGGGUAAAAACAAAGAACUUUGUAAAUUCUCCAACGGUAAUCCAUUUGGUACAAAAAUUACUGACGUCAAAUUUUUGAAUGAAGAUCAUGUUCCAUUGUUAAUGAGUGGCUCAAGUGAUGGUGUUAUCAAGAUUUACAAAAACUUUAAUGACAUUGAGAAUUGUUUGUUGCUCACAUCAUGGAGAGCAUUGAAUGAUAUAAUGUUAACACCCAGAUCUGUCGGUCUAAUUUCCGAGUGGCAACAAAGUAGAGGUACGUUGUUAGUUACCGGUGAUGUCAAAGUUAUUAAAGUAUGGGAUGCACCUAGAGAGAAAUGUGUGAUGGAUAUACCCAUUAGGUCAACUUCUCAGAUUACUACUCUUACAUCUGACCAAGUCGGGGGGAACAUUGUUAUUGCAGGUUUUCAAGACGGUUCGAUGCGUGUAUAUGAUAGAAGGUUAGAGGGUAAGGAUUCCUUGGUCAAGGUUUAUAAACCUUCAACCUUUGCUGAGAAAUCGCCCCUAAGGAAUGUUCAUAUGCAAAGAGGCGGUAUGCGUGAAUUGGUGAGUGGCAAUUCUAGUGGUUUGGUCCAAUUGUGGGAUAUUAGACAAGACAGUCCUAUUGUUAGAUUCAGAGCUUUUGAGAAAACAAUGACCACUGCGUUUAUACAUGAGCAUGCUCCAAUCAUUGCAUGUGCUAGUAAAGAGGUGGAUAUGUACACUACAAGCGGCACUCGAGUCUCCAGAAUCUCAAAUAGUGGGUUUAUCAGCACGUUGCACGGUGGAACCCGUAACAACAUGUACAUCAAUAGCUUGACUUUACAUCCACAUCGAAUGAUGAUGGCUACCAAUUAUAACCAAAGUUCCGAGAUUACACUCUAUGAAUGUCGAGAAAAAGCAGACCCUAGUGCUGAUUUUUACUCUAGGGAGGAGUUGAUCGGAGGCUUUCAGUAA